CCAAAUUUUGAAUCAUUGCCAUUGCCAUGGAAAGCUGGAGCCAUGGCGGUGCCUGAGGGCUUUGAGGACCUGGUUCAGCUCUGUGCGGCAGCGUUGCCAGAUAUCAAUAAGGAUCCAACUGGAGAACAUCAGCAACUGGUUAAUGCUUUGCGAGAAUUCCUGCGCAACAUUUCAAGUGCAGAUGUUGCCGCCAGCGUGCUCACAGGCGCACGGCAUGCUCUGCAGGCCUGUCGUGCAGCUGGUCGGCCUUCCCUGAGUUCCUAUGCCUGCAAGACCUCGCUGUCCAUGGUCAAGAAGAUCCUGGCUCUGCGCUGCACCGAGUACACAGCGGUUUUUGCGCCCUACCACGACAAUGGCCUUUUUGCCAACAUCUUACAGGUGUGUGACGCUCUACUGCUGACCAAAGCAGGUGUGCCUGUGCUGGUCGACUGGAGAAGGAAGGGACUUGAAGGUCACUUUCAGUACGGACCUGAAGGCUUUGACCUCUGGAGCCAUUUGUUUGAACCCACAGAGCGGUGCCGCUCUGCUGCUGAUUCCACUGCAAUUCCAGAGGAUGGCCUGAGCAUGCCAAGCCGCAUUAACUGCCUCUUUAUGAACAUGCUUCGUGGCUACUUGUGGUCUCUGCCGGAAGACAACCUGAAUCUCUUGCGCUCAAACUAUGCAGCAGCCAUGAGAGAGCUGAGACCAAGAUUGCACAUUCAGAAGAAAUUGGGCGACAUUUGUGGUCACUGGACAGAGGAUGCUUACAUUGUUGGCGUGCACAAGCGCCUUGCUUGCUCAGAAAUGGUUGCAUGCCAGCUGUCCCAAAGAGCACCAUCAAAUGCUGAAUACAUCAUGCGGGUGCGCAAACUCUUUGCAGCGAGUACCAAGCUGCAGAAAAUUCUCUACUUGGCAACAGAUGAUAGUCAGGCAGUCCUUGACUUCCAAGCUGCAUUUGACCGCGAUGACACGGAUGUGAACUUCUGCUGCCGUGAAGGCGUGAAGCGAUCGUUUGGGGGUGUCCGCGACGAUGGAGUUGACAACGAGGUCCAUCGGAACCCUUGUAUGGAAGAAGACGCAGAAGAUGCUUUGUUGGACGCCCUUUGCUUGGCAAAGUGUGAAGAGCUGAUCUGCGUAGAUUCCAAUUUGUCCAUCUUUGCAGCCCUGCAGAACCCCCGCCUGCGAUUGCAUGCUCUUAGCAGCAUUCUGCCGGAGGGAUGGGAAGAAGAUGCAAACCACCCAUCGGAAGUGGUGCAUGAGGCGUACGAGGUGGUUUUUGCACCAAUGGUCUUCGUCCGGAAGGGUCCAAGCACUGCAACCGAACUGACGGGAGCUCGGAAACCAGGAGAAGUGGUGCGGUGCACCGGCCGUGGCUUUGAUGGCUGGGUGGAGCUGCAUGGAGGCGGUUGGAUGCUGGUGGACGGAGCCCGUGGCGGCAAGCAGAAUGCUGCAGCAGGACUACUGCUGAAACCUGUAGGUCCAGUCAUUGCUGGCCCUGGUGAAAAAAGCUGUGCGAUGUUUCUGGCCUAUGAAAAGAACAGAUUCGAUGAUGCUAUCAAGGCUUGGAAGGCGGCCGCACAACUCACCAAGUCCUUGGGACUUCAAAAGGCACAAGACCUUUGGGUGACCUUGAUGUGCGAGGCCGCCUCUUUAGAGAGAAACAUAGAUCCAGAAGCAGCUGAGGCCACUGCCUCCAUGGUGCUGAACGAGGUACCGAACCAUCCCGUGGCACAGCGUUGCCGGGCCCUGGUUCGUGAAAGCUUGGGUGAUCUCGAAGGUGCCAGGCAGGAUUUGUCACUUGCAGCGGCCCAAAAUUUCAUGGAUUUGGAGGUCCAGGAUGCACUGGCGCGGGUGGAGCAGCGCUUGGAAGAAGCAAAAUGGUGCAAGUCUGGCCGUCGAUAUGCAAUUCAAGCCGCGGGCGUUUCCCUGACCUUCAAAGAAGGUUUUCCCAAACCUUCAAAGGAAGGUGUGGUGGGAAGUCUGCCCAUGGCCAGGUCAGAGACAGCACUGGAUCUUGAAGACUUGGCGAGCCGCUAUGAUACACAAGUUCUGCGAGAAUACCUGCUUGAGCAGGAGGAUGGUGGAAGUCGACCGGAGCAAGUCGAGGAUGCAGAUCAGGCCACGUUGCCAGACAUCUACGACCUCCGAUCCAGAUGCUUUAGAAGGAUUCGAGCACUUCUGGUUGUGAACUUCUUGGCCUAUUGGUCAACUGCCAUCUAUUGUGGGUACUCGUUCUACCUCCGCGUCGAGGAGGUUGGUACAAAGGCCCUGCCACCCAUGGAAGUGGCCUUGGCACCAGUGCAGACCUCAGCCCAGAAGUCUGGGGUGCUCGAUGUUUCAGGCGCCACAGCCUUGACGCGUCCUCCAGGCACGUUCAGCCCGGAAGCUGUGCAGGUGCCGAAGCCCAGUUUCUUGGGCAAGGCCAAUUUUGAUGGAUCUGGUGCAGGAACAUCAGCUCCCAGCGAAUCGCCAGACACCGAAUCAGAGGAAGCCAGUACAUCCACUCCGCUUGCAGCCAUGGAUGAUGUUGAUGAUGUUGAUGAUGUUAACCUUCGACAGCAUCUCGAGGAACGUCUUGCACAUUUGCGAGUGCUACAACAGCAGUCCCUGGCACAGUAUCUGGAUUGUGCCAGGGCUUUAAAUGCCUUGCAAAGCAGAUCUGCCACUAGCAGGAAUGGAGUUCUGUUGGGCACCCAGCCGCAGUCCAUCAGCCCCAACUUGCAGGUGCCCUCCGUGCCCUCCGUGCCAUCCGUGCGCUCCGUGCGCUCCUUUGCUCCUGGCAGCUGGGGAGCUGUUGUGACUCUCAUGGUGAAGGAACUCCCAGCAUAUUUCACUCAAGAGAUGUUCGUGUCCGUGCUGGUUGAACGCGGCUUCAAACACCAGUUUGACUUCCUCUACAUCCCGUACCGCCCAGAACGUGGCUGUAACAUGGGUUAUGCCAUUAUCAAUUUCACGCGGCCAGAGUAUGCCAUGCAAUUCCAGGCGUCAUUCAAAGGUGAUUGCCUGGAUGACGAAAUGAGAAUGACCGGUCGGAUUUUAGUGGUUGAGCCGGCUCCCGUGCAAGGCUAUGAGGCCAAUUACUACCAAUCUGCGCUGAAAUGGUCUGGCAUGCCGCCGUUAAGUCGAUCUGGCUUGUCAGAUAUGAUGAAGGAUCUCCAGCAUGACAUUGAACAAGCCGGGUCUUGUGGGUUUCCAAACUUCGGCGAGUUUCAGUGA